ACUAGCGUUUUAAGAAGCAUCGUCGUGCUACAUAGACGAAGCUUUUAUUAGAGAAGCUGCCCGUUCUCGCGACCCCCUGAUUUUGCUACGACCUAGGUCGGUUCGUAAGCUCGCUCCAUACCACCGGGACACCUCUUAAAUUCUUAUUUGAUUACGGGUCGUAAUUCCUCGCACGGACGCGAAUUGGUUGAUUCCUUGCUUCGGCUUCCUUGCGUUUUCCACUUGACGCGACCCAGCGGGGCCCCGCCACCAUGGACCGGGUCAUGGUGCGCGUCUCUAGUGGUAAGGGCACGGUUGGUAGCCGCUUCUCGCCUGCGCGGAGCUACUCGGUCUCGGCCGCGCCACAGCCAACCUCGCCCUUCAGCUUCCAGGGGUUUAUGUACCUCCUGCUGGCUCUCUGUGGCGUCUUCCUAGUGGCGCAUUUCGUCUUCACGGCUUCGGAGUCUUCACGGGCACUGCGCAGCUCCCUCCGCAGCGUUCCCGCGGAGGCGAUACUCCACGCGCAGUUGGUGGACAAGGAGAAGGAGAUCGAGAAGCUACGAUGGGAGAUCGAUCAGAUUCGCAAGGGCGUGACCAUGAAGGACAGCUCCAUAAACAAGCAGGAGGACGUCAUACAGGAGCUUAAGAGCAAGGCCCAAUCGGAGCACCAGGCCAAGACCAAGGCGGAGCUGGCGCUGACGGAGCGGGCGGGCGCGCUGAGCGAGUGCAUAGAGCAGAAGAUGGCGCUGGCGGGGGAGGUGGCGCAAUGCCACUUCGACCUGAAGAGCCUCCUCAGCGGCGAGAACCACGGAGCCAUGAGUCGUGCCAGCGCCGAUGCGCUGGGGAAGAUGAGCAAGAUGAGCCGGGAGCAGGAGUUGCGUAGCGGGGAGGAGGAGCAGCACCGGGCGGCGGCGAGCGGGCUGGGCAGCGGUAACUUCGGGACAGCCUGAGGAUCGGUGUGACAGUGCGUCCAGUGCCUCGGGUGCAUCCUGGACCGGGGGUUAUUGCUUUGGCCCUUGGGUGUGGGCCGAGGCCGAUUUUGGCUUGUUGAACCUGGCUUGAAGCCGUAGACUAUUGUUUUUGCAUGGAGGAGCUGCAGCGUGGCACGCCAUGCGGAAUGGCCACUGGAUUCAUCUGUUCCUGCAUUUGGGCUUGGUGCGGUGCGUGGUGGCGCAUGUGUCCAUGAUCGAUUGUUUUGUGACCUGCGGUAGCACUAUACUGUAGUGACCUUGUGGCAUUGCACAGGUCCGCCAACUGCGGGAUCUGCUGUGAUUACGAGCCUCGUGACAGUGUGCACUGGCUUCUCGGCCAGACAGCUGCAAGCCACGGGGUGGAGGUACACGUUCAUGCACAGAUGCAUGAGGUGUGCGAUAGCUGGAUAAGAGGACAGAAGCCCGAGGAGCCCGAAGGUUGUGCCCCAGACGCAUAGCACAUUCUUGGCAGGCAUUGUUUUUGCGAUGGUGUUAUGCACAAAAAUGUAAUUGCCUCAUCAC